UACCCUUCUGUUCAAGUCAAAAGCUUAUCAGUCAAAAAGUACAACACCUAGAAAGCAAGAAAUUUCAUGGCUACGUAGAAUUCUUAACCGCACUGAUUAAAAUCAACUUCGUCAAAAACCUUUUUGCUUUUGGGUUUAGUUUCCAGUUUUCAUUUCUCAACCAAAUCUUUCAAAGCUAUAGACUCUCAGUUUCUCUCUCAAAAAUGGCAGCCACUCUUACUUCUUUCCGAUCCGGGACGAUUCGGGCCUCCGCUUCCACAAACAAACCGGAUCCGGAUCGCAGAAAACCCGCUUCGGCCAACUGGUGGGUACCCAUUUUCGGGUGGUCCUCGGAACCGGAUUACAUGGACCCCACAUCCACUUCCACCGCCACCACAGGUUCGGCAAAGAAUGUUUCGGGUGUUUCGGAUCUGGAAUCCGAAACGGGCCGAAACAGGACCCGAUUCUCGCGUGGGUGCUUUACUGAAGAAAAGGCGAGGCAGCUGAGGAAGAAGAUGAUGGAGAGCUCUGCGUUCCACGAUGUAAUGUACCACUCGGCGAUCGCGUCUCGGCUUGCUUCCGAUAUUUCGGAGAACUAAUGUAUCGUCUCCGGUAAGUCCGUUUAUUUUGAUUACGGUUCGGGUUGUGAUGUCCGGGUCAAGGUCCAUGUCGCCUCUGGCGUGCAAUUUGUCGAAAUGAAAAUUAUGGAUUAAAAAAAAAACUUGUUUUUAUUUUUGGGUAUUUGGAAUAUUUUAAUGUUUCUGUUUUGUGAGUGAGAUUAAGGAUAAUUUUUAUUUGAUGUGUACUUUUGAUUCGGGACGUUGGAUCGUUUAUUGACUGUGAUUUUUGUUUGCUUUA